AUGGCGGCUUCCAUGAAUAUGUCUCAGCUGCCGGACGAACUGGUCCUAUCCAUCCUCAACGACAAGUUUCCCUGUCGUGAAACUCAGACUAGAGCCCUUGCCGUCUUCUUCGACCCAAGGGCUGCCUCUUGUCGAAAUUGCAUAGUGUACGGUACCGAGGCCACCGGCAAGAGCGCCAUCGUGUCUGCCCUGCUUCAGGAGCUGGCCCAGGCUCACCGCAAUGUAAACGACGACGACGACAGCGAGGCCGAGUUCCAGUAUGCCAUCGUCAGCUCGCCCGAGUGUGUGACGGGGCGACACCUCUUAGAGACGACGGUCAGGAAGGUCGCAGGAGCCGUCGGGUUCGGGUCCUUUGCCCCGCGAUGUGAGAACCUGGCGCAGUUGACGUUUGAGCUUUCCAAGAUGCUCAAGUUUGCACCGCAACCCAAGGGGCGCCACUUUGUCCUUGUCUUUGAUGGCAUAGACCGUCAGAAAGAAGCGCCUCCCACCCUUCUUCCUGCCUUGGCCAGGCUCUCAGGGAUUAUCCCUCAUCUGACGACAGUAUUCAUCGUGACAAAUCCGCCGCCCAAUGCUCUUCUCACCACCUUCGUCAACCACGUUCACUUUCCCAACUAUGACAAGGCCGAGUUCGUCAAGAUCCUCUCCACCACGCCGCCUCCAGCCUUAGCGAACGCCACAGCCGCCGAGACAACCGAGCUCUGGAAGCGCUUCUGCGGCGCCGUGCACGACGCCCUGACCAGGUCCGCCGCUCGCACCCUGCCUGCCCUCCAGCUCGCCUGCAACUCGCUCUGGCGCCGGUUCACGGCCCCGAUCCGUGAGGGAAACCUCGGUCCCAAGGACUUCUCCAAGCUGCUCAUCGCGGCGCGCAGGCAUUUCCAGGACGAGUCGCUGCUAGACCCGGGCAUCGUCAGGCGCAGGGACAAGGACAAGGACACGGCUGUGCCUCAAUCGGCGGCGGCGGCGGCGGCCAUCUCACGGACAAGCCUCGCCGCGCUCCUCCCCUUGACGGCCCGGAUCCUCCUCAUCGCUGCCUAUCUCGCCUCGCACAACGCCGCGCGCCACGACCUGUCCCUCUUCUCAACGUACUACCACGGCCGGCGCAAGCGGCGGGGUGGCGGCGCCGGGGCGCGGGCCGGCGGGCCGAGGAACAAGCACCGCAAGAUAGCACGGAAGCUGCUCGGCGCGCAUGCCUUUGUGCUGGAGCGCAUGAUGGCCAUCUUUGCGGCCGUGCGGAACGAGUGGGGGAUCGGUGGCAGUGUUUCCGGGACAGAUGCGGACGUCGGCAUGGCAUUAGCGACGCUGGCUUCCUUGCGGCUGCUUGUGCGUGUGGGCGUGGGCGGCGGCGACCCUCUGGAUAGGGGCGGUAAGUGGAGGGUCAAUGUAGGGUGGGAGAUAGUCAGGAGUCUGGGCCGGAGUAUGGGAGUCGAGGUCGAGGAGUGGCUGAUAGAAUAG